AUGAAGCGCAGGCCGUGCCAGCUGGUCCAGGCGGUGUGCAAUGUGGCGACGCUUGAGGGUAUAAACUGGUGCGCUACUCCUAGAAAACUUCGUGGCACCCUUUUGAGCGGAUUCCCCGGGGGGACAUCCCGGAGGAAUUUCUUCUUCAAAAAGGAGAGCGACAAAAUAGGAGGAGCGGCCAAUUUGCUGGCAAAACUAAAUUUAAAAAAUUUCGUGAAAAAAGGAAGAAAUGGGGGAGGGAUAACCUGCUCGGAGGAGGCGGAUCUGAAGGAGAACUGUUCUAGUCAAUCGUUAGGCCAAACCGAUAAGGAGCACCUUCAAGAUGUAGACACGCUAAGCGAAGGAGACCUACAAAGAAUAGAUAAAAUCAUUGCACAGUUAAGCAGAAAGGAAAAGCAGCCAAAUGGAGAGGGACACCUACUAGAACUGAUAGGAUUGCAAAGCGACGGAGAUAACAUCCCCCAAGCCAGCCUCGUCUGCAUACGUACAUGCGAUAGUAUAUUAAAAAAAAUGUGCAAAGAGGAAAACAUCUUCAAAAUUGUUAACAUGGUAGAUACAGUUUCAAAUAAUUUAUGCAAAUUAGGAGACGCGCUGGAACUGCUCAGGAAUUUACACACAAACCAGGGGGUGAUGGCCAAGGCACAUGACGCGCUGGAGAAGCUAACCACCUACAUAGACAGAAUUAACAUUGACGAGCAAAUUUACCAUUUUUUAAAAAAAAAAUAUGAGCAACAUGCACAUCAGUUAGAUCGGGAGCAUGCGGAAGUUCUGCUCAACAUGAUCGUGUCCAUGGAAAACCAAGGGGUACACAUAAAGGAUAAGAAGCAAAGACGAGAAUAUUUAAAACUCCAGGCAGAGGAAAAAUGCAUCUCCUUUCAUGCUGCAUCGAAUGUGGCAAAUGAAUACGACGGGGUGUUCAUACAAAAGGGGAGACUCCUUCCCUUCAUCGAUGAGCAGGUCAUACAGAACUACCAGGAAAAAAUAAAACCUUUUAUUGAAAGUGGAAAAGUAAAAAAGAAAAACACGCGUGAGGGAUUCGACUCAAACGAGUGGGUAUUCCUCCUCCAGGACAGCUCCUUCAUCAUGACGGUGCUGGAAAAUGUCAACGAUGAAGAGGUAGCAAAUAGGGCUUAUGCACUACUGAGGAAGCCAAACCAGACGUUCCUAAAAAAUAUCCUCCUGCUGCAGUACUAUAGAAAUAUUCUAACCCAGUUUAGAAAUUUUAAAAACUUCAGUGAGUACUCUCUAAAAAAUUGCAUCCUGAACAGCCCCGAGAAGGUGCACUAUUUUUUGGGGAAAGUUUUUAACACCGUUUUGCCCCGAUUUCUGGAAGAGCUGCGGUUCGUGGAGAGGUACAUCGACGCGGUUUCGUGUAGAGGGGCCAACAAGGAGGAGAGGCCAUCCGGAGGGACUACCUUACACAGUGCUGUUGACGGCACCCCAGAAAAGGUCUCACAAAAUACCGUAGAGAUCUCCACACAGCCGUUUAACACAACUGAUGGCCACCCCCGCAGCGGGGACGGAGGAGGGAGGCGCCCCAAGCUAACCCCCCAAAAUGUAUUCUACUACAUGAACCAAAUACGGAAGGAGAAGCUCAAACAGAUCGAGGCGGAAAUGAAAAACCGAUUGACUCUGUACCAGGUCAUUCGCUUUGUCGUGAACAUACUGAAAGAUUCCUACGCCUUGGAGAUGGCGAACGUUGCGCCGUUGCCGAACGAACUGUGGGACGAGAGCAUAUUAAAAUUUGAGAUACGGGACGGGAGCCACACCUACGGGUACUUAUAUAUGGACCUGUUCGAGCGGGAGAACAAGAGCCACUCAAUUGCUCAGUACACCGUUCGGUGCUCCAAAAAUAUGAACGCCUGCUUGAAGCACCGGUGGUUUGAGGAGGGCGCGCGCGAGUGUCCGUUCUUCUACGCGGGCAUCGUGCGGGGAGGCGCAAACAGCGAUACGGGAAGCGAUAGCGGCAGCGAUACGACCGACGGCACACCCAACUGCGCAUCAACUGGGGGGCGGCCCCACCGACAAACCUACCGACAAACCACGUCGACCUUCCUUGUGUGCAACUUCAGCACAAAAUUGAGCGCCGCCGAGGGAGCAGCCCCCGCGAGUCACCCCCCACAGGAUAACAUCUUCAUAAAUGAGCAAAUAGCCAACUCACUUGGAAGAAUAAAAAUGUCCCUCGACAAGGUCAACAUGUUUCUGCACGAAUUUGGGCACACCCUCCACUGCAUACUGAGCUCCACAUAUCUGCAGCAUCUGUCUGGAAAUAGGGGGGGCGUAGACUUCUCAGAAUUCACGUCUCACUUUUUUGAGGAGUAUUUGAACAGCUACGAUGCGUUGUUGCGGCUGUACGGCGGGGAUGGAGCAGAGCCGGGGGGGGGCAGCGAUCAGACGGGGGAGAAACGCGAACAUAGGGAGCGCAUGGUGAAACGCUAUUUGGAAAGCAAAAACAUCCUCUGUUACUACUCCAUCAUGCAGGUGACGAUUCAGUCGAUCAUUGACCAGAUUUUUUAUUGCCUGUCGGAAAAGUCCAGCUGCAUUUCUGAGCGAAAUGAAUUAAUUGAAAAGAAAAUAAAGGAGUACUUCUCCGGGGUGUAUUACAGGGACAUAUUUAUACUGGAGUUAUUUCCACAGAUUCAUUUUUCCAAAACGACACACCUCGUUCAUUAUCCUGCCAAUUAUUUCUGCUACCUGUACUGCUCCGUGUUAUCCAAAUAUGUUUGGACGCGGACGUUCAAGCGGGAUUUGAUGAAUCGGGGGAAGGCCGCCGAAAUUGUGAACUUUAUGCGCGGGGGCUCGGUCGACUCGAGCUUAAGAAACAUCAUUGCACUGGUGGAGGAUGACCCGGAGAAGGUUCAGUACUACACGGAAAAUCCGCAACACCUGCCACUUGAGGACUUUUUGGAGCAUUACUCGGGUGAAAACAAGGCCGAGGAGUACAACUCCUUUUUGGAGGCCCUCUAAAUCG